AUGGCACCUGCAACGGAAGACGUGCUGAUCAAGCAUUCCACGGACGCCGCAACUGAAUUCGUCAACUCUUUCUACCCUGCGCUCCAGUCCAAUCGCGCCACGAUUGCCUCCUUCUACAGCCAACCGGCAUCGACAAUUCUCUUCAACGGCAACGUCGUCGCCGAUGGCGCCGCCGUCCAGGAAAUCUUCGUCAAUCAGAUGACGCCCACGCACUACGAAGUGCAAUCCUACGACUGUCAGAUCAUCAAUCGCACCUACCCAACUCCUACAGCCACGGGCUUCAAGCUCCCCAGCGAAACCACUGUCAAGGACAUGUCGAUCCUCGUGAUUGUCAGUGGCUUCGUCCGCUUCGGCGAGUCCAGGGACCUCCCGCAGCGCGGAUUCAGCGAGACAUUCGUGCUGGUGCCGAACCCCACCGCCGAUGGCCCGAAGGGAAAGCGCAGACGCGAGUGGCUCAUCCAGACCCAGAACUUCCGGUUGGUUGUCUAA